AUGCUUAUUGCAUUCCAAGAGGUAGUGGCUGGAAUUGUGAAUCAUAAUAGACCACGGAGAGCCCAAAAUCGAUUUCGCAAGAUAGCUGAAAGUUCUGAACCAUCAAGAGACCACAUGAGACUGACAGAAGAUCAAGUUUGCAUGGUUGCUGAGGAUUUUGAUGCAAGUAGACUACACGUGCACCCCAAAUCCUCCCUGCAUGCAUCUACCAGAAGGAUUGAAAUGUCUUAUAUUGCAUCGGGAGGCUAUUGCAGGCAAUUGGCAAUAACUUUUGCAACCUCCACUGCUUCAGAUUAUGUCCAUGAGGUGGCAGACUUCCUUUACGAAACAGCCUCCCAGCACAUCAAAUUUCCUAGACCAGAGCUAUUUGGUGAACUCUCUUUGCCUCUUCAGGACCCAAAUGGACAGAACCUUCAGGUAAUUCUUUAUAUUGAUGGGGAAAUAGUCAAAAUCCAACGCCCCGAUCAUGCAGGGGAUGCCUACUAUUGUGGUCGUCCUGGUAAACAUUGUGACUCGGUGAACAUCCAAUAUGUUGUAGACAAGAGGGUAGUGAUACGUUAUGUCGUCAGUGGUUUGUCUGGAGCAACUCAUGACAGGACAUUCAUAGAAUGGUCACGAGAAUUCAUGGACUUUCUGGACACUUUGCCAGAAGAUGUUGUCGUACUUGGUGACCCUGCGUAUAGGAAUUUGCAUCCUCGUAUUGUAGCUACAGUUGGUGGAAGAAAUUUAGCCCCAGAGGAAAUACGCUACAAUGAUGCCUGUACGAGGAUCCGCCAGGUUGUUGAGAGGAGCAUUGGAGCUACCAAGUUAAAAUGGUGGAUGAGUCAAAUGAAGGAGAAUCGUUUUCCAGCAAAGAAAGGCAGACUAUUUGCAGCAAAAUGCAUGGUUGCAAUCUGUCAACUUCAUAACCGAUUCACUAACUACAUAUAA